AUGGCAUUCUAUUCUUGCACAUCGGACCUGGGCUUCUCCCCACUCUUCCGUCUACUAGACGACUACGAGACCCACCUCUCCGCUCCCGCACCAACCAAAUCAUCCAGAUGUAAAUCGACAUCUACAUGCACACCAGCUGGAUCUACUCCAAGCAGGGUUAUCAGACGCACCGUCUUUACUCCAGCCUUUGAUGUGCGCGAGUUGAAUGAUGCCUACUACCUGGACGGUGAACUCCCAGGCGUAGACCAAAGCAACAUCGAAAUCGAAUUCACGGACCCGCAAACCCUGGUCGUUAAGGGUCGCACUGAGCGCAACUACGCUUCUACAUCCUCUACAUCGCCACAGGUCGAAACCGAGACGGAAACGGAAACUGAGUCUCGUGGCAAGGAUACUCCUACUACUAGUCGCACCCCAUCUCCAUCAUGGCACCAACCCACCGUCGAAGACGACAACGAAGAUGAUGCCCGAUCAACCACCAGCUCUGCUUCUGCUUCUAGCAAGCACUCAACUUCAUCCGGAGCUGUGAUCGUGGAAAAGCCCUCUGCCCCUGCACCCGCCCCUGCCACAUCAUCUCCCUCUUCCUCCCAGGACUACUACUGGGCCGCCGAGCGCUCCAUCGGCGAAUUCCAGCGCACGUUCGCCUUCACCGCGCGCGUGGACCAGGAUGGGGUGCGCGCUGCGCUGAAGAAUGGUAUUCUGUCUAUUGUUGUGCCGAAGGAGGCUGCGCCCAAGACGAAGAAGAUCCGCAUCUAUUAA